CUGGAGAUGGAAUUCUUCUCUGACUACGGCGACGCCAACAGAUUCAAAAUCCAAGAAGUUAUCGGAAAAGGCAGCUACGGACUUGUUUGCUCAGCCAUUGACACCCUAACAGGUGAGAAAGUGGCCAUAAAGAAAAUACACGAUAUCUUCGAGCAUAUCUCUGACGCUGCGAGGAUUCUCCGCGAGAUAAAACUCCUCAGACUCCUAAGACAUCCAGAUAUAGUCGAGAUCAAACACAUCAUGCUCCCUCCUUCGAGAAGAGAGUUCAAAGAUAUCUACGUUGUCUUCGAGCUCAUGGAGUCUGACCUUCAUCAAGUUAUUAAAGCUAACGAUGAUUUGACUGGAGAGCAUUACCAGUUUUUCCUUUAUCAGUUAUUGCGUGCGCUCAAGUACAUUCACACAGCUAAUGUCUACCACAGAGAUCUGAAGCCAAAGAACAUAUUGGCAAACGCAAACUGUAAACUCAAGAUUUGUGAUUUUGGAUUGGCAAGGGUUGCAUUCAAUGAUACUCCCACAACAAUCAUCUGGACAGACUAUGUUGCUACAAGAUGGUAUAGAGCUCCAGAGCUUUGUGGAUCUUUUUACUCUAAGUAUACACCAGCGAUUGACAUGUGGAGUAUAGGCUGCAUUUUUGCGGAAGUGUUGAUGGGAAAGCCACUUUUCCCUGGAAAGAAUGUGGUUCACCAACUGGAUCUUAUGACUGAUCUGCUAGGGACACCUUCUCUAGACACCAUCUCCCGGGUAAGGAAUGAGAAGGCAAGGAGGUACUUAACAAGCAUGAGGAAAAAGCCACCCGUUCCGUUUACUCAGAAAUUUCCAAACGCAGAUCCUUCGUCUUUGAAGCUCCUUGAGAGGCUUCUUGCUUUUGAUCCCAAAGACCGGCCCACUGCUGCAGAGGCACUUGCUGAUCCAUAUUUCAAGGGAUUGGCAAAAGUGGAGAGGGAGCCUUCCUGUCAACCCAUCACCAAGAUGGAGUUUGAGUUCGAGAGAAGGAAAGUCACUAAAGAGGAUAUCAGAGAGCUAAUAUCUAGGGAGAUACUUGAGUACCAUCCUCAGCUGUUAAAAGAUCACAUGAACGGCGCUGAUAAAACCAAUUUUCUCUAUCCAAGUGCUGUUGAUCAAUUUAGGAGACAGUUUGCACAUCUUGAAGAAAACAGCGGGAAAACCGGCCCUGUGGCACCUCUAGAAAGGAAACACGCCUCUCUUCCCAGGUAA